CUGUCAAGUAGUAGAACAUGAACAGUCUCGAACAUUCUGUGCCAACGCAUUAGACAGUCAGCAUACGAAAAAUUUGUAAACAUUUUUAAAUUGAACAAACUAUACAUAUAUCGUCGUGAAAAAAACCAGAGUAGUUUUCGCGCGAUACACUACAAAAAUACAAAGUGCCGCACCGCACGCUGUUUAGCAAAGUCUAGGGCAAAUAUUCGGCCGAAAAUAAUACUUGCCGCGGCAACUGAACUGUGCAUACAUAUUUUUCGUGCAACAUUCGUAGGGCGAGCCUGCCAUGCCUCCUAAAAAGAACCCAGGCGCACGGCGCCGUGGUACAACUUUGGCGCUGAACGAAUUCUUGCGCCACGAUGACGGUUCAAAUCCGACAGAUCCGACCUGUGACCCGAAUCCGCCGAUGGCGACUAAUGGAUCCAGUCGCUCUCGUAAUGAUCAGCCAUCCAAUCGAUCUUGCAAUAAUGCCCGUCGAAAUGUCGGAAAGCUUUCACCCUCUGCUGUUGGACCCCAUCGCUCAAAUCCAUUUAAUCCGACCGAUACCAAGCCGCCGAUGGCGACUUAUGGAUCCAAUCGCUCUCGUAAUAGUGCUCAUCAAUAUAACGAUCAGACAUCCAUAGCUGCAGUUGGACCCAAUCGUUCUGGUAACAAAUCCCGUCGAAAUGGCGACAGGCCAUCCGCUUCUGCAGUUGGAUCCAAUCGUUCUCGUCGGGAGUCAAAUCCACCAAACCCGACAGAUACCAAUCCUCAGAGCCAUCAAUUCGGCGGUCCAGCUGGGUCCAAUGGCUCUGAUAAUAAAACCCUCCAAAAUUACGAGAAUCCAAAAAUACCAAAUACCGCUGAACUUGGAUAUAAUCAGCUAUUCCGCCCUGGCGUACAAUUAACUUAGAUAUUUGGUUAUACCAUCGCUGCAAAUCCCGAUCAGCUGCUAAAUUCACCAGCACCAGAACCGACAGAUACCGAUCCGCCGAUGGCGGCUAAUGGAGCCAGUUUCUCUAGUAUUAAUACCCCUCAAAAUGACGCUCCUCCAGAGACGUCUGCAGAUGGAAACUCUUAUAUUAAUUGUCAUCAAAAUGAUGACGGGCCAACCACGUAUGCAGCUGCAGCGGCUGCCAACAGACAAGAUUUGACUGGAGCAGCACCCAGCGUCUGGGUAUCCCCUAACAGUCCUCUUUAUCCUUAUCAAGGAGGCGCUCCCAUGGGCACUACAAGCAUCGGGUAGUAUUUUGGUCUGGAAGGCACUCCAGAAAUGUGGAAUCUGGCAGCACCGUUAGCCCUUCAAGCUUCCAAUGUAGACUCAUCCCAGAAUCUGGUGAUGAGGCAGGCUGUUGUGGGCCCAUCCCAGAAUCUGGUGAUGAGGCAGGCUGUUGUGGACCCAUUGAACCUUCCACCUUUCCGUAGACGCAGAGGACAACGUUACCGGCAUGGUCGCGGCAGACGCGGGAAGAAGCUCCCUAAGCAGUUUGAAUUUAUGGUUGAUUCGAUCCACCAGCUGAAAUCCUACUGGAACGACCAGCAAGACUCGUAUAGUGGGAAUUUGCCGCCACAAUGCUAUAACGUCUUAAAGCAUAUAUUUUUCGUAUUUUUCAAAAUUUUCUACAGUGACAUAUAUGUAGGGAAAACCAUUAUUUUUCUUACGAUUCAUUAGUUUAACUUUUCAUUUAGUAACUUCGACACAUCCUGGGGUCCACCGUUUAUGCAAACAAUCCAUCUGCAUGUUCGUUAAGAUAUUCUUUGAUGUUUAUUUGUUAUUAAGACCAUUAGGAUUAAUAGUUCUGCGGUCAGUUAUCCUUAAGACAUACCUAUGGAUUAGAGCUCUGCAUGAACAGGCAAUCAGCAUAUCAGCUUUCUCUGAACUAAACGAUGCACAUAUCUUCAUUUUCACUGGGUCAGAUCCGAAAAUUUCGGUUUUUUUUCGCGCUCACUCUUGAUUUGAUUUUCUGUGGAGAGAACGAGAAAACAACACAUAAAUUUGCUGGUUUUUA